ACAGACAAAGAUGGAGUCAAAUCUGACAAACAUCAUGGAGAACAACAACACAAAUUGUGACUCCAUUGAUGACUUCCGUAACCAGGUUUACUCCACAGCUUACUCUCUCAUCACCGUCUUAGGCUUGGUUGGGAAUGGCUUGGCCCUGGUGGUGCUGAUAAGAACAUACCGCGAGAGCUCCCCCUUUCACGUCUACAUGCUGAACCUGGGUGUGUCUGACCUGCUGUGUGUCAUGACAUUGCCAUUGCGAGUGGUCUACUACGUCAAAAAGGGCCAGUGGAACUUUGGUGAUUUCCUCUGCCGCAUCAGCUCCUACGCCCUCUACGUCAACCUCUACUGCAGCAUCUACUUCAUGGCGGCCAUGUCCUUCACACGCUUCCUGGCCAUUGUGUUCCCUGUGCAGAACAUGCGGCUGGUGACAGAGAACCGCUCCCGGCUGGUGUGUGUGUGUAUCUGGGUCGUCAUCUGUCUCUUAUCCUCCCCCUUCCUGAUGUCCGGUCAGUCAAUGGACCACUUAACAAAUAAAACCAAAUGUUUUGAACCUCCAAAACCUGGAAAUGUGCAGAAACUUGUCGUGCUGAACUAUUUGUCUCUCGGGGUGGGCUUCAUCCUGCCCUUCCUGGUCAUACUGGUCUGCUACGCUGGCAUUGUGCGCGCCCUGCUAUACCGCAACCACACCGCCCGACGUCAGCGGGUCACGGACACCAAAGUCAUCCGGAUGAUCGUCAUUGUCCUGCUGACCUUCCUCAUCAGCUUCAUGCCCUACCAUGUGCAGCGCACCAUCCACCUGAACUCCCUGUUCAGGGAAAACGCCCCCUGCUCGGAGCAGAUUGCCAUGCAGAAGUCUGUUGUAGUGACACUAAGCCUGGCUGCUGCCAAUUCGUGCUUCGAUCCACUGCUUUACUUUUUUUCUGGAGAAGGUUUCCGCAGUCGCUUGUCCUCCCUGAGGCGGUCAAUGAAGAGCAACAACCAGAACCGUAUUGCCAGGAUGAAGACCACCACUAACCCAGAGAUUGUGGAGAACCACCAGCUAAAGGCCAGUUAAGUUACACUUGACAAAACCAGUAUCAUCAAUCAAGAAGCUUAAGAUAUGAUGAAAUAGCUCAGGAUAGUGUGUGCCCUCAUUUACAACCAGGAAGUAUUCGAGAGGAAACUAAAAAGGCACAGAGAAAGCUUUAACAAUAAGGGCUAGUUUACUCAUGAACAGAGUACUUAAACAUUUCAGAAGAAUCUCAGGAUGUUGUUUUUCAUUCAAGUUGAUAUUUAUUAUUCUAAAGAAUGUAUGUGUUCAAUAUUUGCAUGAUUAUCAUUGCAGUAAUCAGUAGCAAGAAAAAUACUCAAUCUGUGGAAUAAAAAUAUAUAAAUACACAGUGUACCAAUGUAUAAAUGUAUUGUACUGAUGUCUUUUUACUUAUUCGUGUACAGCACAGCAUAUUUUGUGCCAAUGGUAAUGUUGUAAUGCCAAUAACAAUACUUUUUUUUACGAUGUAUGAUUUUCCUUGCUUUUCAUUACGACUUGUGUGAUUGUGUUUUUGUGCUACUGAUACUUUCUGAAUAUUUCCUGUAAAUAUGUUGAUGAGGGUGAAUUGUGAUUUUCUGCACUCUGUACCUGGGAGUAGUUUAGCACUUUGUGAAGAACAUUUAUUUAUGCCUUUAAAGCGAUAGUUCACCCCAAAAUCUAAAAUCAGAUGUUUCCUCUUACAUGUAAUGCUAUUUAUCAAUCUAGUGUGUUUGAUGUGAGUUUUUUGAGUGAGGAGAUAUUGCCUUUAACAACAUCUUCCCCUUCUCUUAAAUACUAUAUGGCAUUCUGCUUGUGGUACUCAAAGGGCCAAAAUAAGUAUUAUAAAAAACUUAAAGUAAUGUACUUUUCAAGAAAUCCUGACCUGGUUACUCAGGAUAAUCCAAAGACAUUGUUCUGAGCGUUUAUAUAUUUAUAUAUAUAUAUAUUUUACAGUAUUUCAAAUGCGUUCUUUGCCAGUUUACUGUAAGCACAACAACCUAAAAUUAAAACAAUAUAAAUUGAUAUAUAUCAAUUCAGGUAAAGGUGUUUUUUUCAAUUUGCAGUGAAUUGUCCGUUUAAGAUGAGUUACAGUAAAGGAACCAACUGUCAAAUGUUCCCCCCAAAAAUCUAACUAUACCUUUAAACAACUUCAAUUGUACAGUCCUGUUGUUUUCACCCAUGUUAUGUAUG